AUGCAGCUGACAGCUCGGCCAUGCACCAAGAUUCCUUUCUGCCUCGUGUGCAAAUUCUUGGCAGACCUCUUUUGGAAAGACGAUUGGCGAAUUUCUGUCUGCCUCACAAGCGCCACUGCGGAAAUUGAUUCCGCUAUCGAUCUUCGGAGAAUUUCCGAGCUUGUCAGCUUCGCCGCCUUGUGGGAUCCCCUCCUCAUCUACACCCUGAAGCGCACCAGCUUCAACCUCGACUCCGACCAGCAGUCCUUCCUGGUGGCGUUGAUGGUGGCUUGUAUACCGGUGUCCAAGAUGGUCAAGAUCUUCUUAAUUGCACAAGGAUCCCUGACCACUUGCAUAAGCACUUAG